AGUCAUAUCUCGACGUACCGAAUGAUCUCACGUUUUUUCAACUUCUUUCAACGAGCUCAUUUUUUCGACGUCUUUUCGAACACUUUGCAGUGUGCGUCGGCUAUUCGUAGAGUCGGUAUUUCGAAACGUUUUUGCUCCAGCGUUCGUCCGGGCGUUGGAAGAAAAAAAUCGUCAAAAUAGAUCGUGGAUAUAAAAACACGUGUGUCGUCGCGGAGCAGCGGAGUAUUUACGUUCGCUCGCUUGUGCGUUUUCUAGCGUCAGUGGAAGUGCCUCGGAAAAAAUCGUAGCGCUCGGAGUUCUUCACGUCACAUCGUUCCGCUGCGUUUUAUCGAGGCGUUCAGCCCACGACGAAUCAUCGAUCAUGCAGAGCCCCGAUGCGACGUGGUUCGAGAUGGAGUUAUUCGGUGUGAAAUUCGCACCGCUGAGAGUCCCGAUCGAGAGGAGACUGCAGACUUUCGCGGCUGCUGCAUGGAUCUGCAUUCUCACGACUGGCGGCCCGAUCGGAUACCUCAUCACGGCUUAUAUUCUUAUUUUCACAAAAUGGCUGCGCUACAUUAUGCUUAUUUACCUGAUUUGGGUUUACUACGAUCGCGACACUUGUCGAAGGGGCGGAAGAGGGAAAGCGUGGACCAACUGGAUGAGGAAUUGUGCCUGGUGGCGUUAUUACUGCUCGUACUUUCCCAUAAAAUUGGUCAAGACGGCGGACCUGGAUCCAGCCCGAAAUUACCUUUUCUGUGCAUUUCCUCACGGGAUUUUGUCGACCGGAGCUUUCGGGGCUUUCGCGACUGACAUUCUAGGCUUCGACGAACUGUUUCCGGGCAUGGAGUCGCGGCUGGUCACUCUGGACCUGCAUUUCCACGUGCCCUUGUUCCGCGAGUUUGUCUACAGCCUCGGAGUUUGCAGCUCGAGUGCCGAGAGUCUGAAUUACCUGCUGAGCGAUCGGAAGACCUCGCCGGUCGACGUCAAUUCUUUGGAGGGCGAAGACAAGAAGAGCACCGGGAAAGCAGUCGUCUUGAUCGUCGGGGGCGCGGCCGAGUCUCUCAGAUGCAAACCGGGACGUUACAACAUCAUUUUACGGAGACGCAAAGGCUUCGUGAGAAUCGCACUGAAAAAUGGAUCUCCGAUGAUUCCUGUCAUUUCGUUUGGAGAAACCGAUCUCUACGAUCAAAUCGUCGCGGCCGAAGGAUCGAUUCUGUCCAGGACACAGCAAUUGUUCCGAAAAGUAACCGGAAUCGCACCGGUGCUCGCUAUCGGACGGGGAUUCUUUCAAUACACCUUCGGCGUCGUACCGAAAAGAAAACCGGUCACAGUAGUCGUUGGUUCUCCAAUGGAAGUGCCCAAAAUUCCGGAACCGACGACCGAACAGAUCGAAGAAUAUCAUACGAAGUUCAAAAAUAAACUGAUCGACUUCUUUGAGACUGAAAAGUACAACUACAUCGCAGACCCAGAAGGCAUUUCUUUGACAAUCGAAUGAGACUCAAGUUUUCUGAAUAGAGCAAAAAUCCUUCUCCGAGGCAAUUUUACUUCGACGGAGAGAAAAACUGUCCAUGAACGAAUCGGAGUCGACAGCUCUUGGAAUUCAGCCCCAAAGAACGAGCGAGAGACAGCUAGAGAAGAAGGAGAAGGCGAGAGAGAGAGAGAGAGAGUUAUCAAAAGACUUGAGUUUUCUAACUUUCUAUUAAGGGCGGGAUAAAGUCAAUUCGGUGAAAAAAAACUUUAAGAAUUUUUUUAGACGCUACAGAUAAUAGCAAAUCUAUUUUACUGAUUGUGACACAAUAAUACAAUAUUUGAACAAGAUUUCCUGAAUUUGUAAAACUCGAAUAUCAAUAGUUAACUCCAUCGUAGCAGAGGCACUUCGGAAAAAAGUUGCCCACCGGUGAACAGUGUAAAUCGCAAUCUACUGGACCGAUCCUUUUGAAAUUUUUCAUGGUACUUUCUUACACAAUUGACCAGGUAUCUGCGAGAGCUUUUUUCCGAUUUUUCAUAAUUAUUAAUUUUACAUUGAAAAAUAGGCUCAUUUUUUAGGCGAAAAUCAGUGUUUUCACUUCUAAGUUUCACAAAAAAUGCGAAACAUCGAGGGAAAAAAUCCUCUCGUAGAUACCUGGUCAAUUGUGCAAGGAAGACCAUGCCAAAUUUGAAAAGGAUCGGUCGAGUAGAUUUCGAUUUACACUUUUCAUCGAUCGACAACUUUUUUCUCAAGUGCCCCUGAAGAUUUGCUACCAUCGAGUUAAUCAUUGAUGUUCAGGUUUUCAAUGAUGCGACAAUCCAUAAAAUUGAUUUGCGUCUACACCUGUAGCGUCUAAAAAAAAUUCUUAAAAUUGAGUCUUUUUUCCCACCGAAUAAGCGUUACCCCGCCCUUAAGUAUACAGAAACCCGCCGAAAACGAGGAUCCUGAAAGAUCGUCGGGAGUCACUGUAAAUAAUUUCCACAUCGAAUUUCUCGAAACUGCAGCUCAAAGUAAACUGUUACGCUUAUAAUUAGAAAA